AUGUACGAGGUCGCGUGUACGAAUCUGACUUACGUACGUUCUCGCGGUGGACCUACUUAUGCUGAAGGCAAUCAGGAAUUUGAGUAUACACUCUCGGAGCGAACGAGCUGUUUGAUUUGCAAAGUGAUAUGGCGGAAGUUACCCAUAAAUGGCAAGAAGGAACAACUUACCGUUUCGUUGCGUUCAAAUGCCAUACAUUGUCCAGCUGAAGAACUCGAAUCACUCGCUUCCGAUAGGAAACUCACGCGAGGCGGCUAUGGAAAACUGACGAAUGGAUGGAUUCCGUGCAAUCUAUUCUAA